AAAGAUGGAUGACACUGAAGCACCUACAACUAGAUACAAGGGAAUUAUAAUCUGCGUUUGUUCCUUUUUCAUUUGUGCAUUUUCAAUGGGAACAAUAUCUAAUUUUCCCCUAAUGCUGCCGACAUUUCUGGACGAAUUCAAUGCUGGAAGAACAUUAACAGCACUAGUUGGAUCAAGUCAGCUUGCAAUGGCCUUAAUGUUUUGUCCAUUGGUAGGAUCUCUAAUCGACUUGUUUGGAAUGCGUAAAGUUUCAUUUGCAGGAGGAUUACUUUAUUCACUUGGAUUAAUCUCAGCUUCUUACGUUAAUUCAAUAUAUGGUUUAUUUCCGACUUUUUCUCUCAUUGUUUCUAUGGCAACUUCUUUACUUUAUUCAUCGACUCAGAUAACGCCUGUUAAAUGCAUCUCAUCAAAAUACCAAGGAAUUGCUUGCUCUUUUGUUUCUUGCGGCGGGUACACAGGAUCGCUAAGCCUUUCCUUAUUAAUCACAUUUUUAUUGGAGCAAUUUCACUGGAAGGUUAUGUUUCGAAUACUCGCAUACCUUGGAGUCGUUAUUUGUUUGUUAAGUUUAACCUAUGGCUGGAUCGAAGAGAAUGGAGAUAUCUCCAACAUCUCCAACAGGAAUCGAACACCGUUUUGCAGCUGGUCCUUAUGCAAACGACCACGAUAUUUUGCCUUUAUGUUUGGUUCAGGAGUAGCAAUGUUGGGAUGGCAGGUUGGAAAUUUCUUUUUGGCUGAUCGUGCUAAAGCGUACGGCAUUCACGAGGACCAAUCAAAAUGGUUUUACUUCGUGUUUGGAAUUUUUGGCAUCACAUUCGGACUUAUAGCUGGAAAGAUUGGCGACAUGAUUAGAUAUCGCGUUAUUUUGAAUAUAUCAUGUCUCUUUCUUCAUGGUAUCAAUACACUUUUCAGUUACCUAUGUAAGACUUACAUAACGUUAUUAAUAUACUCAGCCUUCUCUGGGAUAUUUUUUGGUAUUUACAAUUCUACACUUUGUCUUUCUGUGUUGGAUUGUGUUGGAACGACGAAUAUAGCUCAAGGCUUUGGAUUUCUUGUCUUUUUUCAAGGAUUUUCCUCAUUUCUUGGAGCACCUCUAGCAGGUUUUCUGAGAGACGCAACCGGCACGUUCAAACUUCCUUUAAUUAUUGCUGGAUGUUUGGAAAUGCUCGGAGCGUUAAUAUCACUUCCAGUUGCCAGAGUGAAAAGAGAUGAUAAUUUAUCUAGCUGCCUCAACUCUCAGAGUAGCGAGAACGGCGACAUUACUUCUAUUUAAAGUAUCGUGAUAUUCAUCAUGUCUCGAAUCAAAAUUGCGUAUUUUAAUUGCGCCGGGUCGGUCUAUUUGUUUAAGUCACUUGUGCCACACAAUAAAAUAAUUUGUUUACAGUCAUAUUGACCGAAUAUAUGAAACCGCUAGGUUAGU